CUGUUGUAAACAAAUUCAAUUUGGCAUUUACUGAUUCGGCAUAGGGGGUUGUUGGCCCAUUGGAUUAAAAUUAUCCGGUCUUUGUAUACAUUCAAUAUUCAAUUCAAUUCCUUUAUCAAAGUAUUAGUCAUAUUCCAUUACAUUUUUUCCUGAAAGAAUGUGCAAAAAUUACAGAUAAGAAAAUGUAAAAAUAAUGUUAAGCAUUUGUUUGAUGGUAACAAGUUACACCACACAGCCACGACAGUGAUAAAAAGAUUAAAAUUAAGAUAUUCAAGUUGAAUUCACCGAUUUGAGAGCGGACCAUAAAACUUAUCUCAAAAGGAUAGGCAAAUGGUGUAAUAGGGACGAUGGAUGAUACGGGUGCAGUUGUGUUAUGGAAUUGGACGGAAUUUUGCUCUACGGGAAUAAAGCCAUUCGCUGCCAGUUCCAAUGAUUUACUACCAUGUUUUCAGGAAAUAGUGCUACAGAUUCCAAUUUAUACAAUCUUCGCCACGAUAUCUGCCUAUAAUUUUGGGUACUACACGCGUAGUGUAUUGCGUGAUGAAGUGCAGAUACGGCUUCUUUAUUUGCGUAUAAUUGUGUCAGUUGUAUUGGCGCUACUGCCAAUAUUGAAAAUAUUUGUCUUUAGACAUGAGGGAGUUAAAUUGUAUGCCGUCGAUGUAUUAGUUGUUUCGGUAGAAUGUGUAAUGUGGGCUGUUCAUGUAGGAUAUCUUUUAUCGGCGAGACGGUUCGGUGGGCUCAGCCAUCGCGGAUCGCUUUGUAUGAAUGUGACAUGGCUGGCAGUAUUUGUUUUGGAUAUUGUUUGGCUACGCACUAGUGUAAACUAUGAUUGGUGGCCAUGGAGUUUGGUGACUGUUAUUUUUGAUCUUUUCUACGCUUUGACGUUAAUACCAGCUGGCAGUGCGGUCUUAAGCGCUGCUUCUCGGUAUCCAGCUAACAGGGAAGACGAAUCACUGCUUGGUAACCGCUACACUUAUUUCACCUUCGAUUUAAAUGAAACACAUCUCGGUCACGCGCAAGACGAAGCUAGUUAUGCUUCACGUUUUGUUUUUAAUUGGGUGAAUCCUUUGAUAACAAAAGGCGUCGCUGGUGGCCUAAAGAAAAUUGAGGAUUUAUUUGAUUUGCCAGAUGCAUUAAACGUUUCCCGUUUAAGUGAACAUCUACAAAUUUGCAUUUCUCAAUCCAAAACAUUGUUUUGGGCAUUACACAAAGGCUUCGGAAGAGAAUUUUACUUAAUAGGCAUAUUACGUUUUAUAGCUGAUAUAUCAGGUUUCGCGGGUCCAUUACUUUUGGGUGGUUUGCUCACACAAACGACUGCAAAGGACAAUAACGAAACCGAUUGGAGUCCGUACCUAUACGCUUUGGGGCUCUGCGCUACAACAUGGUUAUCCGCCAUUUGUGGCACCCAUUUUAACUGGCGUAUGUCAAUGAUCGGCAUGAAAAUGCGUAUAGGACUUGUAAGCGCUAUAUAUCGCAAAUCCUUAGAAGCACGAGGUCUGAAGAGCUCUCGUCCAGAAAUCUUAAAUCUUAUGUCCACAGAUACUGAACGAAUUGUGAAUUCAUGCAUAAGUUUUCACUCUUUCUGGAGCAUACCUUUUCAACUUUUCACCACACUAUACCUACUUUACACACAGCUGGGUGCAGCUUUCUUAGCUGGUUUGAUAUUUGGUAUUGUACUUAUUCCAAUAAAUCGCCUAAUUGCGCAGCGCAUUGGGCAAUAUUCAUGUGGCCUUAUGACGGCCAAAGAUUUGCGUUUGGCUGUUACUAGCGAGACCAUGAGCGGUGCAAAACAAAUUAAAAUGCACGCCUGGGAAGAUAUAUUCAUAGAGAAAAUUCGCAACUGUCGCAAAGAAGAAGUGAAUUUCUUGAAGAAACGCAAAUAUUUGGAUGCACUUUGUGUUUAUUUUUGGGCUACCACGCCGGUGUUGAUGUCCUUUCUAACGUUCGGUGUGUCUGUGCUAAUGGGCAAUCCAUUGAUCGCUGCCUCUACCUAUACAAGUGUUGCGCUUUUAAAUAUGUUAAUUGGACCGUUAAAUGCGUUUCCCUGGGUGCUUAAUGGUCUCAUCGAAGCGUGGGUGUCAGUGAAACGCGUACAGGAACUAGUUGACCUACCCAAUCUUGAUUUCUCAUCAUACUACAAUCCAAUCAUAAAAUCUACCGGGUAUGAAACAUCAACAAAAUUGGAUGAUAGACCAAUAGUUUUAGAGAUGAAAUCGGCAACUUUCGUACAUGAAAUUGGGAUAGAGCAGAAUAAUGACAGGCAGCGGCAAACGAAAUUUCAUUUAGAAAAUGUCAAUAUAAGCAUAAAAAAGGGUGAUUUAGUAUGCCUCGAAGGACCGGUUGGUGGUGGUAAAAGUGCUUUAAUCGAUGCAAUAGUGGCCGGCAUGAAUUGCACAUCGGGCAGUGUUUGCAUACACGAACUUACUACAGGUUUCGGUUAUGUGCCUCAAACACCUUGGCUUCAGCGCGGCACUAUACGCGACAACAUAAUAUGGGGUAGUGUUUUCGAUGAACAAUGGUACAAGUCGGUUUUGUAUGCUUGUGCGUUGAACGAAGAUCUCGAGUUACUCGGCGGUGAUUUGAUUGGUAUUGGUGAAAAUGGGCGUACGCUGUCGGGUGGUCAAAGAGCACGUGUGGCAUUGGCGCGUGCAGUUUACCAAGAUAAGAAAAUCUAUUUGUUGGACGACAUACUCGCUGCUUUGGAUGCGCACGUUUCUAGACACAUUAUUAAACACUGUAUACUUGGACUACUCAAGGGCAAGACUGUCAUUAUUGUAACGCGCAAUGUGUCAUUACUUUACCACGCUCAUCAGAUUUUAUAUGUCGACGCAGGCACAGUUACUCCAAGUCAAUAUAUGUACUCAAGCAUUGAUAUUGAUUUGGAAUUGGAAGCCGAUACCAGCAAUGAUAUAUAUGGCUUGACACGCAGUUCAUCUAUUGAUCUUGAUGAACAAAAUUCCAUUGAUAGAAAAAGCGUUGAUAGCAUUAUGUUAGAGGAAUCACGCAAAUAUGGUAAAAUCUCUUUGAAUGUAUUAUCGUGUUAUUGGCGCGCCAUUGGCACACCCUUAGCCGUCACGACAUUGACCUUUGUCAUACUCAUGCAAUUGACACGUAACUUAUCAGAUGCAUGGCUAGCACAUUGGGUCACCGACACCACUUUGGAUCCACAAAAUAAUGAGACGUCUUUGGAGCAUAUCGUCACUGUACCGCACGAGUUCAGCAAUCAUACUGAACCGCCACACAAUACAGCUUAUUAUUUGGGCAUAUUUGCAUCGUUGGCUGUACUCAAUUCCCUGACAACUAUAGCGCGUGCCUUUCUUUUCGCUUUUGCCGGCAUAAAAGCUGCAAUUUACGUACAUGAUCGUUUACUCAACAGGGUUUUAUAUACAAAAUUCAACUUCUUUGACAUCACUUCCGUCGGCCGCAUAUUAAAUCGCUUUUCUUCGGACACCUACACAGUCGACGACUCGUUACCCUUCAUAUUGAAUAUUUUGCUAGCGCAGUUACUGGGUUUAGCAGGUGCACUUUGUAUCAGUCUGUAUGCCAUGCCAUGGCUUGGCUUAAUUAUCAUACCGAUGAUACCAAUUUAUCUCAAUCUACAAUAUCGUUAUCGUUAUGCUUCCCGAGAUAUCAAACGUCUCUCGAGCAAUGCUCUCUCGCCACUCUAUACACAUUUCACGGAAACGCUGCAAGGUCUUGUCACAAUACGUACGAUGCGUGCGAGUGCGCGCUUCCAACGAGAUUUCCAUGCCAAAUUGGAGGAAAGCAUCAAAGCUCAGCUAACAUCAACUGCCGCGCAGCAGUGGCUAAGUCUACGUCUGCAAUUGCUCGGUGUGCUGCUGGUAGCUGGCGCUGGUUUUCUAGCUGCCAUCACAUCCGCACAUGUCACAAAUCCCGGUUUAGUUGGUUUGGCCAUCUCCUAUGCGCUCUCAAUUACCGGCCUGCUAGCUGGGUUACUUAAUGCUGUAGCUGAAACGGAGCAGGAAUUUGUUGCAGUUGAACGUGUCAACGAUUAUUUGCAACUAGAGCCGGAAGACAAUGCCGACGGCACAUGUGAUCCACCGUUCGGUUGGCCUAGUCAAGGCGCGUUGAAAUUCAAAAAUGUUGAGCUGCGUUAUCGUGAGAAUUUAGCGCCAGCUUUACACGAUAUCAAUUUAAGUACAGAGGCAUUCGAACGCGUUGGCGUUGUGGGGCGCACAGGCGCUGGUAAAUCCACGCUGGUGGCCGCAUUGAUGCGCGUAGCGCCAUUAAGUCGCGGUGAGAUAACAUUGGAUUGUGUGAAUUUAAAAACAUUAGCGCUGAAAGUACUGCGCACUCGUUUGGGUAUUAUACCGCAAGAGCCAUUUCUCUUUGAAGGUACCGUACGCGCAAACCUUGAUCCGCGUCGUAGUCAUUAUGAUUCCGAAAUUUGGCAUGCACUCGCCACUUGCCAUGCCGCCACGCAGCUGGUACAGUCAUUGGGCGGAUUGGAUGGCCGCAUCGAAAAGGGUGGCAUUAAUUUGUCAGCCGGACAGCGGCAACUAAUGUGUCUGGCGCGUGGUUUGCUGAAAAAUGCUAAAGUUGUUUGCAUUGAUGAGGGCACAUCCAACCUGGACGAUGAGUCUGCCAUUGCUAUGCAGCAAGCGCUUAGAAAUUCUUUUAAAAGUUCGACUGUACUAUUUAUAGCGCACAGACUGCGUGGUCUGCAGCUGAUGGAUCGUAUUUUAGUUAUCGAAAAUGGUGAAAUUAAGGAGGAGGGUACACCGCGUGACUUGGCACAAAAUCCAGAAUCCCUAUUCUAUGGUAUGCUGCAAGCGCAACGCAUCAGUAUCGAAGAAUUUUGUGCAAAUUAAUUGUAGAUUAAUAAAACUAUGACUAAAUUUUAUUAUUAAUAUUUUUUUUUAUAUUCUUACUAAACUUACUAUUUAAUUUGUUUAUUCCGUAACACAAACAUUUACAUUUCAUAAUAGUCAGUUGAAGUAAAAGAAUAUAUACAUACGUA